ACUCUCAUUCUCAUUCCUCAUUCUUACUCUUAACAAUGUCAAACCAGAUUCAAUUCUUCCAUCUCAACACUGGAGCCAAGAUCCCUUCCGUCGGUUUGGGAACUUGGCAGUCUGAUCCUGGUGUCGUCGGUCAAGCCAUUGAAAUCGCCAUCAAGGCCGGUUACCGUCACAUUGAUGGUUCUCCAAUCUAUGGCAAUGAGAAGGAGAUUGGAUCUACUUUGAAAAAACUAUUUGAUGAUGGCUUAGUGAAACGUGAAGAUUUGUGGAUUACCUCAAAACUCUGGAAUACUGAGCAUGCUCCGGAAGAUGUACCUCUAGCAUUGGAGAGAACUUUGAGAGACUUACAACUUGAUUAUGUUGAUCUGUAUCUUAUCCACUGGCCUGUUGCAAUGAAGAAAGAAUCGGAAAUGAAGAAAGAAUCAGUAGGUUUCAAUUCUGAAAAUAUCUUAGAACCUAACAUUUCUAGCGCGGCAUCUUCAGGUAACAAUCCUCAAAAUCUUGUGCAACCUAACCUUGCCAGCACAUGGAGGGCGAUGGAAGCACUCUAUGACUCAGGCAAGGCGCGAGCUAUAGGUGUAAGCAAUUUCUCCGUCAAGAAGUUAGGGGAUUUGCUGGAGGUUGCUCGCGUUCCUCCUGCUGUUAAUCAAGUCGAGUGUCAUCCUUCAUGGAGACAAGACAAGCUGAAGGAUUUCUGCAACUCCAAAGGUGUUCAUUUCUCUGGAUAUUCACCUUUGGGUUCUCCUGCUUGGCUUAAAAGUAGUGUCCUUAACCAUCCAACUCUGACUGCGAUUGCGGAGAAACUAGGCAAGAGUCCUGCACAGGUAGCUCUACGUUGGGGAUUGCAAGCAGGUCAUAGUGUGCUUCCCAAAAGUGCAAAUGAAACAAGGAUAAAAGAAAAUCUUGAUGUUUUUGACUGGUCUAUACCUGAAGACUUGUUUGCUAAAUUUUCUGAGAUUGAACAAACAAGAUUACUUAGGAUGGAUGUAUUUGUUCAUGAAAAUUAUGGUGGCUACAAAACCGUUGAAGAACUUUGGGAUGGGGAGAUUUAAGCAGCUAGCUCUUGGAUGGAAUAAGAGAAUGCUUUUGUUUUUGUGUUAAGUUCAUAUGCAUAAUAAAUUUCAUACUUUCACUGUAACUUCAUCCAUUAUAGUUGUUGAGACAAUAAAUAUGAGCUAUUUAUAAUAAAAUUAAUAAAAGAAAAUGUUACACUUA